AUGUCUUUUGAAAUUUCCGAUGGACACUGGAAUCCAGCAUUUAGGCCUAAUUCCAAUAAAGAUCGUCCAUAUCUCACACAUGUGUCCCCAACAUCACAAGCCUUACAACAAGAAUCAAAACUUCAAACUGGUCUUCAACAACAAGAUGAAGAUGUUCAAACACCGGAUGUGCGUAAGACAACUGCAAUAGAGAACCCAUCUGUUAAAAGAGUGCAAGAAUUAAACCUGGAACAUGAGUCAACGAGUCAUCAGAUCAAACUCAAGUACAAAAAUAAUGAAGAUAUUACAAAGGUAGAACAGUGCAGUGGGAGUGGUAUUGUUUCGAAACCAAGCCAUCAAAUCCAAAAUGAAGAAGGUUACAAAGAGGGUUUCAAAGAGGAAAACACUGGUCCGAUAAGAUCCCCUACCAAGCACAACAGUACCCUUUCCUUCGCCCGAACUAUAUCUGAAGAAGUUACCUGGACGGAUGAUGAAAUUGAUCAUGACUGGAAGUUGCAAAGAACAGAUACGCUCUUUGGUAUUAUGGAGAAGUCAGACCUUACCGACUCAAACUCUAAAGCUUCAACAGAGCUUGAUGUUCAGAGCCACAUCAUCAAUAAUAUUCAAGCGAUCAAAGAGGUAAAUGAAGAUAACGAACAGAAUUUUGGAUUUAGUUGUAUAGAAACAUCACUCCAAAAUAGGGGAAACGAUAGUAAUGCCGAUACUCUAUUCCAACACCAAAAAAAUGACCUUUUCAACCUUUUCCAAGAGGAUAAAGAUCUAGGACAGAAAAUAGCCACAAAAGAUGUUCCGGUUAACUUAUCCGCACAACAGCCACGGGAUUUAGACUUCCUUUCAAAUCAUGAGGCAGACGAUUCGAACUUUUUUGAACUUGUGGGAAAUUUAGGUAUGACGGUGAAUAACCAAAUAUCUACACAAUCAAAUCCAGAAUCCACAUCUCAGAUAGUGGAUCCCGGUUUUUCUAAACCUAAAGACACAAAUAAAUUCGAAAAUGAGUCAAAUCAUGAGUACACUCAGAUAAAUCCUGAACAAAGUAAUGGUGCCCUUGAAUCAACUACCACCAUGGAUUCCUUAUCUUUUCCGCGAGAACCAAACGAAAUAAACACAACCAGACUAGGUAGUAUUGAAAACUGCGAGCCAGCAUCUACGGAUGAAGAUUUAGUUGCGAAAUGGAAAGCAGCCUUUUCUGAUGACCAAGCCAACGACGACUUCCUGGAAACCGAUCAGCUUUUAUCUGAUAGUGAAGAUCUAAAUGAAAAUCAAAAAGACCGAAAUGAAGUUGAUCCAGCGGCAUUAUUUGGGAGCGACGAUGAAGGCUUCCUAGAGGAUAUUCAAGAAAAUUCUUCAAGUGUGCUCGUGCAACCAACAAACCUCCCUGCCCAAAAAUCAGUAACAAUUCCGUCAGCUGGUGGAAUAAAUAGCGUAGCUAGAAAAGAAGAUUCGAUUUACCCUGGCAGAAGCAGCAGUAACUACAGUCUUUAUGCUCCAAUUAGUAAUGAAAUAGUUGAUCCUUUAUCAAAAUCUAGUUACCUACCUCAAAAUCCACACUAUGCAAGCAUAUCAGAUACUCCGAAAACUUCGGCUGUGAUCUCAUCCCUCACAUCUAAGCCAGCUGUUACAAUUCCACCACCACCAAAAUCCAUCCGACCAGAUAUGCCAGAAGCCAAAAGCUUUGCCAAAAUGUCUAAAGGAGGCUACUCAUCCCCAUACGACCUACCCCUCGAAUUUUUGCCCAAGAAACGCGGGAAUCUUCAGCAGAUAAGUAGUGGCAUUCCUCCGCAAGCUAUAGUUCCACCUCCAAGAAAUAGUAGCCUGUACAGCCCGCCACCAGUACCAAUAAAUCUUCCAGAAGGAACACCCCAACCCCAGACAUCUCCUGAUGUUCAAUCCGAAGUAAGACCUAAUAAUCCACGUGGUGGCUUUUUCAAAGACUUGCCACCUGCGAAUACUUCAUUCACUACGAGAAGUCCCGGCCCAUAUACUCCGGAUCUAACAAGUACGUUUAAUAAUCCACAAAUGAUUUCUCAAUCUAAACUAGACUCUUCCAAAAUGUCUUCAUCACAAGCUCAGCAAAGUCCAGGUAUCUCUCAAGGUUCAUUCAUACAUCAGGGACUUGUACAACCGGAACGAGUUGGUCCAUAUUCAUCAAUAUCAGCAUUAAAUCCAUCUACCCCACCACCUCUGGUACACUGUCAAACUGUACCAAUACAGGCACAUCAUCAAGUUAGAAAUAAACCUGAAUUCCAUGCUGGAAUUAAGAAAUACGUCCCUUCUUUGAAGACCCCUCUUUCAUCAUCUACAAACAUUUAUUCCUACGAGGCUCAACAUUCAAGUCCACAAGCUUCUAUUCCGAAUGGUCAAGACACAGAACUAGCUGAAACCUCUCAUGUUCAAUUAAAUAGCUACGACCAUAAUCAAACUACUUUCAUGCAUGAGCCACCCAUAGCACCGCUCUCAACGAGUGAGGAGUCAAUUGAGUAUGAAUCAAUGCAACCAAGCCAAAAGAAAAGUAAUCAACCUAGAAUUCAAGAAAGAUCUGUCACACUAGAUUACAAGAACUUGCCUCCCUCCAGCUCUAUGUCCCAAUUCCAAAGUCCACCCUCAAAGAAUUAUUACUCAAAUUUCACACGUCAGAAUAACAGCAGCUCCCCUGAAUUUGCUCCGCCACAGAGGUCACGAACUCAAUCACCAAGAUCUACAGUUCUCGGCUCGUACCAUAAAUUUGCAACAUCAGAAAAAUUAAAACGACCUGCUUCUGUGAAACCUAUUCCUUCGGAAUCAAGAUCUUUGUCUGGUCGUCAGAAUAACUAUCAAAACGAUGCAAUAUUUUCACAGGUAAUGGCAGGAGUGACCCCGCAGAAAACAGGCCAAAAUGACCAAGUCACUGAUCAAAGUAUUGACCCUCUUAAAAUACGUAAAGGAUCAGUCAUAUUUGCCUGGGGUUCAGGUGGUACAAUUGUGACAUCCUUUCCCAGAGCUAUGCCAAGAUAUACGAUGAAUGAAACUGCCCCAAUAAUGAUGCGAAGUUCGGGAGAAAUUAAAAUCCAAAACGUCAAGACAAUGGAACUUCUUGGUCCACUUCAUGCCAAAUUUCCGGGACCACUAAAAGGCAAAGCAAAGAAAAAAGAAAUAUUAGCAUGGUUAACAAGUGGUAUUGACCUCCUUCAGUUGAAUGUCUCAAGUUCAAAAAUAGCUCUCUUAUCCAUUGAGGACAAGCGAUUGAAGGAGCGUGUUCUCUUAUGGCAAAUCCUUCGGAUAUUUAUUGAACAGGAUGGUAUUCUAGAUGGAAAAUCUAACGUUGAAAAGGCGGUGCUAGAGGUACUUUCUUCUGGGCUUGAAAAUGAAGAUGGGCUCGAUACCCAUCUCUAUGCUAAUGGUGUAGAAUUGAUUGGGAAUCCUAAUACUUUAAUAAAGCCAUGCCCUGAAUCUUCUAUUGUUAAAACAGAAUCUGUUGAUAUUGUUACAAUUGAUGAAAUGAAAAAAUUUCUCCUCCAUGGCGAACGAGAAAAAGCGAUAUGGGAAGCCGUCGAUAAAAGACUUUGGGCACACGCCCUUCUUAUGGCCAAUUCCGUGUCUCGGGACCUAUAUAAACAAGUUGCCCAGGAAUUUAUACAAAAAGAGGUCAAGGAUAUCGGAGAAAAUACUCAGUCACUUGCAGCGCUGUACGAAAUAUUUGCAGGGAAUUUCGAAGAGAGUAUCGAUGAGCUGGUAGCUCCAUCUGCACGUGCUGGCUUUCAAAUGGUGAGCACUGUGAAGGGUACAGAACCAUCGAAAGACGCUUUAAACGGCCUCGAUAGAUGGCGUGAAACCCUUAUUCUUGUUUUAAAUAACCGAAGCGCAGAAGAUCAUCGUGCUUUGAUUUCUUUGGGGAAUUUACUUGCUGGCUACGGUCGUGUCGAGGCAGCUCACAUUUGCUUUUUUUUUGCAAAAAAUCACGCUAUAUUCGGCGGAAUUGAUGAUCCUCAGACAAACAUUGUACUAGUUGGCUCAGAUCAUCUGAGACAACCCUACGAAUUUGAUAGAGAUCUAGAACCAAUUCUUCUUAGUGAAGUCUUUGAGUAUGGAAAUUCCCUUGCCGGCUCUACUGCCAGUUUAGCGUCAAAUCCUCAUCUUACUGUAUAUAAAUUGCAACAUGCAAAAGUACUCGCAGAGAAUGGGCUUCACGAAAAAGCUUUACAAUACUGUGAGAAUAUUGCUUCCUCAAUUACCUCGCAAACUAGAAGAUCGCCUUAUCAUCAUAACUUAAUUUUAUCCGAAUUGGAUGAUCUUAGUACAAGGCUUAAACAAUCUCCAAAAGAUGACUCGGGGUCAUGGAUAUCCAAACCCAGCAUCGAUAAAGCAAAAGGUUCAGUUUGGGCUACCUUUAACAAAUUUGUUGCUGGGGAAGAUACCAGCACUUUAGAGUCUCCAUCAAAUCCAUCUACGACUAUUGAAGCAGGAAUUUUCGCAAGAAUGGCCAGAGAAACCCCUACUAUCAGUCGAACUACAUCUAGCUCAGAAAUUCCUGGUCAUUUCUAUGGUAACAUUUCCUCGCCUAUUAAUUCAACCUCACGAUAUGCGCCGAGUAAUAACUACAUUUCAGAAUUUAAAGAACCGAAUUCUGCUAGCUCCCAUGGAUCUCAACCCCGUCGGUCAGUUGAAAUUGAGUAUGAAAAAGAGAAACUUUUGGAUACUCCUGUCAACGACAAAUCUUCUGAAAAAACUAGGGCUGAGAAAGACCGGGAAACAGACGAGGCUUUCCGACGUGCUGCAGAAGCUGAUGAAAAAAGAUCUAAGGAUUCAGCACCAGCUAAGAAAGGCUGGGGUCUCGCUGGAGGGUUCACUGGCUGGUUCGGUGGUGGCUCAAAAAAAGUUCAGGACUCGAAUUUACCAAACAAACCUAUUCGUGCUAAGCUUGGCGAGGCAUCCUCCUUUGUUUAUGAUACGGAACUAAAGCGAUGGGUAAAUAAAAAAGCGGGCACCGAAGAGACAGAUACCAAACGUCCUAUGCCUCCACCUCCGAGAGCGACUCAGUCCCCACGACCAGGAAAUAAGCCUUUGCCUCCCACUAGAUCAGCUUCAGCUACAGCAUCAAACGUAAAAACUGGUCCAUCUGUCGGCUCUGAGAGGCCAGAAGAUAAGAUAACCAGCACUGCAAGCUUAAAUACCUCGAGCUCAAGUAUGUCCGGGAACGUUGAGGCUUUGAGGAUAGUGUCAAAUGGAUCAUUUAAACCCCCAAGUCGACCAGGCACUGGCAUGAGCAAUGCAAGUAGCAUUGAUGAUUUACUUGGCCCGCCCACUCUGGGCCGGAAGGCUGGCCUGAAGGCGAAGAAAAAAGGCAGAGGAUAUGUUGAUGUCAUGAGUGAAAAAGCAUCAUGA